CCGACAAUGAAUAUUAAUUGAUAAGUGCUCGUGAUGUCUUUUUUCGGUCAGUUUGUUGACAGCACGAAAUUAGCAGAAAAGUGCUUUAAAAAUGUUGGGCCAUCAGGACUGAUCGACUUGAAGCAUGGAACUACCAAAAUGAAAGAUUGUUUUGUAUCGUUAAUUGAUGUAGAUAGUUUGUCAAAGCAUACAGACAUCGCCAAACGAACUGGCGAUGUAGAAAACAUAAUCUCAAGAUACUUCCAAAAAUCGGAACAUUUAAAAAACUGUUUCCUCCAUUACACCAAUGUUCUGGAGCCUUGUUUAGAUCCUUCUAACAAGGAGUUUUCAAAAAUAUUGGUGAACAUCGCAAAUGCUGCGAUUGACUAUAUUUUUGUCACAAAAAAGAGACAAGCAGCCUCUCUUAUUUCCUCUGAUUGUUUUGAAAAAAAUUUCAAAGCGCUCAAAAAAUGUGUAAAACACAUUCAUGAAACCAAUUUUGAAAAUAUAGUUUCAAUAGGAAGUGUGGAAAUUUGCAGCGAUAUAACGAAACUGCGAGAUUGCUUAAUGAAUGAGCUGAAGACCUGUGAUAAUCCACAGCCGGCGACUUUUACUAGUGGUAUUUUUAAUUCAGCAUUACGGGCAGCGCCAUGUGACAAUAUGUUUGAUGAAAGGCAAGUCAUCGUCGGAUGCGGAUGA